AUGGUUGCUGAUAAAUUAAAAUCUGGUAUUACCAAAUUAAGUCAAUCAGUUGGUAAUACCAUUAAGGAUACUUAUAAAUCAACUGAAGAGAAUAUUACUCAUUUUUCAUAUUCAAUAAAAGAUAAAGUAACUUUCCAUCAUCGAGAUUAUGAUAAGGAUGAUGAAUUGAUUGAACAUUAUCAUCAUGAUAUUAAGAAAUCAAUUCUGGGACUUAAAUUCAUUAUAUCUCAAAAUCAUAAAUUAUCCAAAUCAUAUUUACCAAAAGCUUUGUUAUUACAUGGUAAAAUUAUUCAACAAUUCAUUUCAUUAAUUGGUCACGAAUCGUUAGAUUUUAAAGGAAUUGAUAAAUUUUAUCAAGAAUUUGAUAAAAUUGAAGCUAAUCAAGAAAUUCCUCAUGUUCAUCCUAAAGAAAAGCAUUUUGAAAUUGAUAGUGUUAAUGAACAAUUAUUCAAUUAUUUAAGUUCAAUUGAAGCUUUAAGAUAUAAAAUAUCAACUGAAUGGGAAAUUCAUGAUCAAUCAAUUACAUUAAGAUUAGAAGAAAUGAAGAAAUAUUUAAAAGAUACCAAUAAAUUAAUUAAAAUGAGAAAUAAAAAGAGAACUGAACAAGAUAUUGCUCAUAGAAAGAUUGAGAAAUUAAGUAAGAAAAGUGGUCCAUUAAAUGAUAAAGAUCAAUCUCAAUUAAAUAAACUUGAAGAUAAAUAUUUAGUCAUUGAACAACAAUUUCGUCAACUUAAUGAUAAAACAAUUUCAAUUUUACCUCAUAAACNACUUGAAGAUAAAUAUUUAGUCAUUGAACAACAAUUUAGUCAACUUAAUGAUAAAACAAUUUCAAUUUUACCUCAUGUAAUUUCAUUCCUUGAUGAAUUUAUUGAAGUUAUUACAAAAGUAAUCUUUUGUCAACAAUUAGAAACAUAUAAAGAGAUUCAAUCCACUUUGAAUUAUUUUUGUACUUUUUAUGGAUUAUUGGAUAAAGAUAUUCCAUCUUAUGAUUCCAUAAUUGAUCAAUGGGAAUCAAAUAUCACAACAACAAGAAUUCAAAUUGAAUCAUUUAUAAGCAUUAUCUAUGACAAGAAACCAGAACUUGUCAAUUCAGAUAUUCAAGAUAAUGACACAUCUCUGUCUGGACACAAAAUUUGGAAUAAAAUGACAACAAAAGUGAAAGAAAGUAAAUUUACAGUCAAAAGUAAAGACCAUCAGAAUGGUGUAUUUAAUGAUGUCUUAGAAAUUGACCCAUUGGAUGCAUUUACUACUUAUCAAGAUCCACUGGCCAAUAAUUCUGACACUUAUCAUCCUCAUAAAGUUGUAGAUAUCGAUGAUGUACUUAUACCUGAAGUUAUCCGAACAAAAAAACCAGGUCCACCAUUACCACCGCGUGAAAAUACAACUAGACAUUCCAUUUAUAAUACUACUUCUGGACUCAAACCCCUUCCUCCAACCCCAUCAACUAGUACCACCCAUUAUCCUCCACCUUAUACAUUAAAGUCUGGUUCAAAUAGCUCCAUGGAAUCAUUACUUUCUGACGAUGAUGAAGAUGAAAACACUACUGCAUCUCAUGCUUCUCGCUACUCAUCGUCAUCAUCUGAUAGUUCCCUCGCUAGUGAUAUUCUUGUUGGAUAUUCCAAUAAGGAAAUGUUGGAGAAGAAUUUACGUCGGGUUUAUAAUACGGCCAAAAAUGAAAUCAAAAAAGCACCCGUACCGGGAAAGGACCCAACAUUUGAUAUUCAUCCCAAGAAAAUGUUAUUUAAUGAUACUUCUAGUGGGACUUAUAAAUUAGAUCAAUAUUCCAAGUUUUUCUCCAAAAUAAAUAAUAAUGAGAAUGUUGUGCGGGAGAAGAAGAUUGCGAAAUAUGAUUUUCCCGGAUCGGAAUUGGGAGAUUUAUCAUUUAAGAAAGGGGAUGAAAUUGAAAUUAUUUUCGAUUUUCAAAAUGUUGAUACUUUAUAUAAUAAAGAUAAUUUGAAUUGGUUGGUUGGGAUUUCCAAAGUUGAUGGAAAUUCAAGAAUUGGAUUUGUCCCGAAUAAUUAUUUUUAG